GGGCCGGCCCAGGGCCGCGCUACGUGUCCCGCAGCCCUUAUAGCCCCGGCCCGCCGGGCCCGCCGCCGCAGCACCAUGUCGGGCCAGGAGAACACGGGAUCCACCAACGUGGUUUACCAAGCCCACCAUGUCAGCAGGACUAAGAGAGGACAAGUUGUCGGCACCAGGGGAGGAUUCCGAGGCUGCACGGUCUGGCUCACAGGCCUUUCUGGAGCUGGCAAGACAACCAUUGGCUUUGCUCUGGAAGAGUACCUGGUGGCUCAUGGCAUCCCGUGCUACUCCCUGGACGGUGACAACGUCCGGCACGGCCUGAACAAGAACCUGGGCUUCUCGGCACAGGACCGCGAGGAGAACAUCCGGCGCAUCGCCGAGGUGGCGCGGCUCUUCGCCGACGCGGGGCUCGUCUGCAUCACCAGCUUCAUCUCCCCCUUCACAAAGGAUCGUCGAAACGCACGGAAAAUUCAUGAGGCAGCUGGACUUCCUUUCUUUGAAAUCUUUGUAGAUGCUCCUCUAAAUAUUUGUGAAAGCAGAGAUGUGAAGGGCCUGUACAAAAAGGCAAGAGCUGGAGAGAUCAAAGGGUUCACGGGGAUUGACUCAGAGUAUGAGAAACCCGAAGCUCCUGAGCUGGUGCUGAAAACAAACAUUGCCUCAGUGUCUGAGUGCAUCCAGCAGGUCGUGGAGCUCCUGCAAGCACAGAACAUUGUACCCCAAGGCUCAGUCAAGGAUGUUCUGGAGCUGUUUGUGCCUGAGGAUAAACUCAGCAGUGUCCGGGCCGAGGCAGAGAAGCUGCCAGCACUGGAGAUCACUAAGCUGGAUCUGCAGUGGGUGCAGGUGCUGAGCGAAGGCUGGGCCACUCCUCUGACGGGAUUCAUGCGGGAGGCAGAGUACCUGCAAGUGCUGCACUUUGGCACCCUGCACAACGGAAAGAAGCGCUUGGGAGCUGACGGCGUGGUGAACCUGAGCGUCCCCAUCGUGCUGCCGGUGUCGGCGGAGGACAGGCAGCGGCUGGAGGGCAGCGCGGCGCUGGCGCUCAGCUGCCGGGGGCGCCGCGUGGCCGUGCUGCGCCGCCCCGAGUUCUUCGCCCACCGCAAGGAGGAGCGCUGCGCCCGCGUCUGGGGCACCACCUGCCCCCGCCACCCACACAUCCAGAUGGUGAUGGAGAGUGGAGACUGGCUGGUUGGUGGAGACCUGGAGGUGCUGGAGAAGAUCAAAUGGAAUGAUGGGCUGGACCAGUACCGCCUGACCCCGCUGGCUCUCAAGCAGAAGUUCAGGGAAAUGAAUGCUGACGCCGUCUUCGCCUUCCAGCUGCGCAACCCCGUGCACAACGGGCACGCCCUGCUGAUGCAGGACACGCGGCGCCAGCUCCUGGAGAGGGGCUACAAGAACCCCGUGCUCCUGCUGCACCCCCUGGGGGGCUGGACCAAGGACGAUGACGUCCCUCUGGAGUGGCGCAUGAAGCAGCACGCGGCCGUGCUGGAGGAGCACGUCCUGGACCCCAAGUCCACCAUCGUGGCCAUCUUCCCCUCUCCCAUGCUCUACGCCGGCCCCACGGAGGUGCAGUGGCACUGCCGGGCCCGCAUGGUGGCGGGGGCCAACUUCUACAUCGUGGGGCGCGACCCGGCGGGAAUGCCGCACCCCGACACCAAGCAGGACCUGUACGAGCCCACGCACGGCGGGAAGGUGCUGGCCAUGGCCCCCGGCCUCACCUCCGUGGAGAUCAUCCCCUUCCGAGUGGCUGCCUACAACAAGCUCAAGAGAGCCAUGGAUUUCUACGACCCCAAAAGGCACGACGAUUUUGACUUCAUCUCAGGAACACGGAUGAGGAAGCUUGCUCGGGAAGGGGAAAACCCCCCAGAUGGCUUCAUGGCCCCCAAAGCCUGGAAAGUCCUCACCACAUACUACCAGUCACUGGAAAAAAAGAAUUAACUCCUCCUCCUCCUCCUCCCUAGAAAUACCUGUAUUAAGAGUGAGCAAUGAUCAAUUGAUUCCCUGUGACACAGAUCACUUGGCAUGACCCUGGGAUUUUCCUGCCAGGGUCAGAGUGUUUUUUACCAAUCAGAAAUACUUUGAGCCUGAUCCUUCUCCCCCUGAAGCUGCUGGGAGUGUCCCCAUGGAGCUGGAAGGGAUGGGGAGCAGGCCCUUUGUUCCCAGCUGGUGCCAGGAUGUGCCACUGGGAUCGUUGUGGUGCUGCCAGGGCCAAACAGCAGCUCCCAGUGCAGAGGAGGGGACUCAGACCAGGAUAAUCCUGCCUGGAGCAGAAAUGAAGAAGUGCCUUUCCACAUCAUGCCUUAGGCAGUUUUUGCUAAUUAACAGAAUUAAUUAGCAGAAUCUUUUUAAUGCCCUCUUUUAAAAAGGACUUUUUAAGAUCAGCUGUGACCACCGCUAGUUCCUUGUGGCUGAGCCAGCUCCUCACUGCUUCCUUCCCCCUGCUUGACCUCUGUGGUCAAACAAAUCCCAGUCUGAGCAUUCCUGUUGCUCCAAGUUCAGCUGCCUGUGAGAUUGUGCCAUGGUGAUCCCUGCACUCACACCCUGUGCUGGGAGGCACCAUAAAGCCCUGAGAUCCCUGAGAAAGAUCUGGACAGCAAGGAAAAGUCAGGGAUGCUGUCACUGUGCUUUCAGCUGUCCUCCUACAUGGCAGGAUGGGAUCCCCCUUCCCUCUGUAUAAUAAAGUACUGGAAUUGUCUGCCCAGGGAGAUGGUGGAGUCCCCAUCCCUGGAUGUGUUUAAAAAAAGAUUGGAUGUGACACUCGGUGCCAUGGUUUAGUUGAGGUUUUAGGGCAUGGGUUGGACUCGAUGAUCUUGAAGGUCUCUUCCAACCCAGUGAUUCUGUGAUUCUGCCCAGACUCCUGCCGUCCCAAAGGCAAAACAGCAAUGACACAGCCUGAGGUGGGUCUGGAGAACCAGCUGGGAGGAGGCUGAAGCUCCUGCCCUGGUCCAUGGCUGUGUGGGUACAGGUGACUGAUUUAUUCUGUGUCUGUGGGAUGGGGCUGCUGGGGAUGGCAGGAAAGCCCUCAGGGCCCCCAGCCCUGUGGGGUGCUGGUGCUGAGCUCCCAGCUCUGGCUGUGGAAAGUUACCCUGCACUUUACCUCCUUCCCCACCCUCAUCCUGACAUGGACUUUGCCUGUGAGUGCCUGAGGCUCUUCUGCUGACUCACAGCUCCCGUGGUGGCUCCGACUGACACCACAGCAGAGAUCCCCUGGUCCUGCCCUGCCUCCCCAGCUGUGAGGUGUCACCAGGGGAGAACAACAAGCACUUGGUAAUUACAGCAAUGGCCUCACUCCAUGAGUUUUGCACCUGGCAGCUGCCCCAGGACCUGUCAGGAUGUGUUCCCAAUGGGAAUCAGUUCCUCUCUCCUUGUGCUUCAGUUUUCAUUCCAGAUGAAAAAACCAACCCUGUCCUGUGACCUGCUCUGCUGUGGCCAGGGCACAGCAUCUGUGACUGGAAAAUAUCCUUGCAAAAGGGCUUUUUGGGUGGUUUUUAAGUAAUUUUUUAAGUAUUUGGAGCAAAGCUGUGCUUUACCCCAAGGCAAACGCUGCAGCCUCUGUGGGAGCUGACAGUGCACCAGCACCAGCCUCAUCCAGCCAGGCCCUCUGGCAGGAAGCAAAAGGGAUAUUCCCAUUUAGGAUUUUUGAGUGAAACAGCACUGUUGCAGUUCAUCAUGAAAUAACCCAGUGUUGAAACCUGCCCCCCUCCCCCAGUCAAUCCAGGUGGUCACAGCAAAACACAGAUGUUGUGUUAUCAUUUUAAACCAGCGUAGUGUCCUGAUUACUUCUGAUUAAAACACGUGAACUUGGGGGGUUUAUAGUCUAUUUAUUAAAGACAUGAGACUGGAAUUUGUACCUCGACUGAUGCAUCUCAUGAUUUAAUAUCUGCUGAUCUCGAUACUCUACGAAACACUCACUUUUAGUACCAAUAAAUAUUUAUAUGUGUAA